AUGUCCAAACGAACAGCUUCGUCGACGUCCUUCGGCUCGUCCAACACUCCCUUAGCCAAGCGUACCUCACUCAACGCCUACUUCCCCUCGACAACCGGUCCUCCCAAACCCCCUUCACCCCUCGUCUCCAGCGACCCCCUCACCGACCGCUCAAGCACCUUCAUCGCACACGCCGCGCCAUGCACGAACCACACGCAAGCUCAGACGCUGCAGAACUACGUCCGCAACCUGCGCUCGACGACUCACCCGGUCGAAUGUACACACGAAAUCAUGGCGUAUCGGUGUAUGGGAUUGAAGCCGGGCAAGACGGGCCUGGAUAGCGAGGACGAUUGGAAGGUCGAAAUUAACGGGGACGACGACGGCGAAAAGGGCGGGUCGACGAUCAUCAAGCAAGUCUUGACGCAGGAGGGCGGGGUGGACGUCGCAAUUGUCGUGAGCAGGCUGUACGGGGGCGUCAUGCUCGGCCCCGUGCGGUUCAACCACAUCCGCGCCUGCGCCUCUCAAGCACUCUCGCGCCUCCUUUCAGCCCAGAACCUCUCGAACCUCCUCUCGCGCCUAUCCUCCCUUGACGCCGAAAUCGCCUCUCACUCUUCCUCGCCUACCAAAGCUCCUGCGAAGGACCAGUAUGUCGGACUGGACGAGGCGAAGGCUGAGAGGCUUGUCACGGCGCGGGAGAAGAGGUUGGAGUUGUUGGUCAAGAAGAGGAGGCAGGAGGAGGAGGAGUUGUGGCGCGAGGUUGAGCGGCAGGAGGCGGAAGAGAACUCGGAGCCGGUUGAGCAGCCGGCGGUAGCGGGCGAGGUAAAGGAGGCGGAGGACGGUUCGGUCGAUGCGAACGAGGAGGAGGAGGCGUUGGCGCGGGCGGUCGAAGACGAGGCGGGCGCCCAAGGCGGCGGCUUCCUGCCAGAAGAGGCGGGAGCGGUGGACGCAGAAUCCAAGGAAGUAGCGGGUCAAGCCGGGUUGGCCAACGGGAAAUGA